GAGCCAAGAGAGUUUGAACUCUGCCCAUUUCCAAGAGGCCAGAGCUCUUUCAGGAACUGUGGGUGGCAAGGGAGUUACUGGCUUGUUUAUAAAUGGUCCACUAAAUAAUAGCUGGUUGUUGCUGAUAGGAAGGUAUGUCGGGGAAGCAGAGUGCAGGGUGUGCGUUACACACACUCAAAUAGCUUUUCUGUUGGAUUGGCUGGCUUUGCUUCUUGGCAUCUGACAUCUCCAGGCUUGGAACUGGGCCCCCAGAGGCAUCGUGUUUUCUAGACAGCUCACUCAGUCCCUUUGCUGCCUGGCUAUUCUCUCUCUCUCUCUCUCUCUCUCUCUCUCUCUCUCUCUCUCUCUCUCUCUCUCUCUCUCUCUCUCUCUCCACCCACCACUGCAUCAGGACUGUGGAGGUCGUUGCAAGAAGCCAGCUGGACCACCAUUAGACACAUGGAGGUCUCCGCCGGAAAGGUCAUUCUGAACGUUGGAGGCAUCCGCUAUGAAACGUUCCUUAGCACCCUGCAGGCUUUCCCAGGGACCAAACUGUGGAGCCUCACGGAGCCCCAGGCCAACACAAAGUAUGACCAUGACCCUAGCACCAAGGAGUUCUUCUUUGAUCGGAGUGGCCGGCUAUUUGGGCAGGUGCUGAACUACUACAGCACAAAGCAACUCCAUUGCCCUGCAGGUGUCUGUGAAUCUGCCUUUGAGGAAGAGCUGGAUUUCUGGGGGAUCACAGGCACCCAUCUGGCCCCUUGCUGCUGUAUAAAGCUCGGCAAGAGAGGGCCCCAAGAGGAGGUGCACAACAUUGGGAUUGUCGACGAGCAAGACAACGCCCAGGGUCUCCUGGUCCAGGAAGAAAGGAGUGGCUGUCAGUAUGCCCGGUGGCGGCCCAAAUUGUGGGAUCUCUUUGAAAAGCCCCAUUCUUCUAAAUGUGCAAUGGGUUUGGCAGUUGUUUCUCUGCUGUUCACCAUUGCCAUCAUCAUCAUCCUCUGUGAGGAGUCCAAGGGGUUCAUAAAAAACAUCAUCCCAGACCAUAACAUCAUCCCAGACCAUACUACAGAGAGCCACCACGACCAUUACUACCAUCACUUCUUUCCCUCUGUCUUUUCCUACGAAGUGGCCCCCUACCUCCUCCACCUUGAGCUUUUCUUCAUCCUCUGCUUCACGGCUGAGUUCUUCGUACGGAUCAUGUGCUGCCCAGAUUUGAAGAGAUUCCUGAAGAACCCUCUGAACAUCGCUGAUCUCCUCUCCCUGUUCCCAGUUUACAUUGAGCUCUCCUUGGCCAGACCUUCACAGGAGCCACACCCUCAGGAGCCACAUCCUGUGAUCCGGUGGCUGGGCCUGUCCCGUAUGAUGUACAUCAUCAAACUCCUGAAGGUAUUGAGGCUGGUGGAGACACCUCUGAUGCUGAGGGUGAUGCCUUACAUGUUCAAGUCCAUCCUGAGAGAGAUACUCAUCUUCUUGUUGAUUUUUGCUUCCGAAGUCCUUUUCUUUGGCACCCUCUGCUUUUAUGGGGAGCAGCUGAGUGCCAACUUUAAAAUACAUUUUCGUAACAUUGGCGAGGCCUUCUGGUGGGCGGCCAUCACUCUGACCACCGUAGGGUAUGGAGAAAUUGUACCUAUCAGUGUUACCGGCCAUGUGAUAGCAGCUUGCACUGCACUCUGUGGUGUGCUGACCAUCAUCGUCCCAGUCCCAAUAUUUCUAUUCAGUUUCAAGGGCUGUUAUGAUGCUGCUGUGAUCAAGGAGAGGAGGAAGAAGAAAGCAAUGCAAGCAGUGACGCUGUUGUCCUGAGGACUCCUGAGCAUCACAUCCCCAGUUUUCUGUAGGAAGAGAAAAAAAGGCUUCCAAAUAGCUCCCUGGCACAUCACAGAAGCUUUUUAAGAAAGCAUUUUAUUGAAGAAAUAAAUAAAUACAGAAAAUAAUAGAAGUACCAAAAAAAGCAGCACACUAAAUUCAGGAGAGACUUAAUAUUAGGUUGGCUUGGGUAUUUAAGACCACCACCAGUUUCAUGUUGCCCUGAGGAGAGGCACCCUCUGCUUUUAUGGGGAGCAGCUGAGUACCAACUUUAAAAUACAGUUUCGUAACAUUGGCGAGGCCUUCUGGUGGGCGGCCAUCACUCUGACCACUGUAGGGUAUGGAAACCUUGUCCCUGUCAGAGAGGCAGUCCUGUGUGUCUGUAUUUUUUGUACAUAAGAUAAAAUCUUAUAUGAUUUUUCUGGGUCCUCCAAGCCUUUGGCAACACAUGAUUUAUCAGUUUUUGCAGCUAGUGAUAAAUUCCACAUAUUUUAAAACCAAAGCGAAAGUCUCAAGUCUUGCAACUUUUCCCAUUUGGAGGCAAUUGAGGUUCUGGCAGCUGCCAGCAUCCAUGUCAAAAGUCCACAAGAGCUGAUUUUUGUUCUGCUCAUCAUCCCAUAGAUGUAGGUUGUAUGUUGCUUAGAGAUUUUAAAAUAUUAAACAACUUAGAAAUUCUUAACUCUAAAUGUGGUUGCACCCUGAAAAUAAAUUGCAUGUAAAACAGUAAAGUGUAGAGGAGUCCUGUGAAGCUGUCAGGAGCUGUCAUGGCUCAAACUGGGAAGCUUUGUGAUUGUGUGUGGCUGCCCCCAUGUGAUGAUGUGCUGCAUUGCAAGUUGCAGCAUCCACCUAGUCCAGUACAGUACAAUACUCAAAUGUUUCAUUCCACAGACCACUUGCUGAGGUCUUGGUGGACCACUUAAUUAUUUUUCUGCCUCUUGCAGCAGUUGCAAAUUGCUGUCCAAAUGCUGUAAGAUUUGUGCUUUUAUUUUUAUUGUUUCUUUUAUUUUUUUAUUUGGUACUUUAUCGCAUUACAACUGGCAUUCUGCAGAGUUCAAAUUGUAACAGAGUAUCAUCAUAGCUGCCAAGUAUCCCGUAUCCGCCGGGAAAACCCCUUUUUUCUUACCGUUUCCCGGCGGUCUCCUGUUUGGCGGGAAAUCCCGGCAUUGUCCCUUAAAUUCGCUUCUUCCCGGCGGCCAUUUUUCUGGUGCCGCUUUGCCCUUCUAUGGGCACCAGAAAAUGGCGCCGCCGGAAGUCGCUUCCACGCAUGACCGGAAGUUGCGUGACGUGACUUCCGGUUGCGGUUUGCCCUUCUAUGGGCAUCAGAAAAUGGCGGCGUCGGCGUCGGAAGUCGCUUUUACGU